AACAACAUCUGCUCAUCCCUGAUCUGUGCUCGUCGAGGACAUGGACCCGCACAACAGGCAGCAGCUCAUCGAUGCCCUCCGCCGCCAGCCCGGCACUACGGCCGCCGUGGCCCAGCAUAUUCAGCAGCACGCGGCGUCCCAGCCCGUCCAAGUCCAGCUGCAGCCCGUCCCGGUGCAAGGCUCAGACUCCAAACCGUCCGAGUCGUAUCGGGAGUUUCGAAUCGUCAGCAUCGGCAGCACCGACGGCUUCGUCGACAGCAAGGACGCCGCGGGGGACCCGUCGUCUUUGAAUUACCACAUUAUGAGGAUCCAUGGCCCAAAAGUUCUCCUCUCGGAUCUGACUCCCCCCAUCAAGCUCGUUCGCCAAGUCCCCACGAACGCCGUCCAGGCCGCCCUCUUGAAGGAGGACGCAUCGCUCACCACCAUCUCCAACCCGGUCGUCCCCGUUCCCUCGUCGUCGUCUUCGUCGGGCCCACAAACCCUGGAGUCCAUGGUGAAGAUGGACCCAUCCAAGAUUGCUCCCUUUGGCAACGCGCAGCGCAACAAGCAGAACCUGUUCAAGAAGAAGACCAAGAGCUUCUUCUUCCCCCGCGAUCCCAAUGCCGUUGGCGACGACGACAAACUCAAACGCAAGGCCAAGGACCCCGAUCGCUUCCCUUGGCUCAUGACCGACUUUGACAAUGCCCCGCAGCACACCUUCACGGGCAACCUCGAGCCCAACCGCGCCAACUACGUUUUGUUCAUGCCCUCGGAGGAUGGAUCGUUUCAGUGCCUCCCUGCUUCAAAGUGGUACAAAUUCACUCCCAGGCUGCACUACCAGACGCUCACGAUCGAUGAAGCCGAAGAGAAGAUGUCCAAGAUCAAGCGCGGUCUGCGUUCGCAGGAUCUAUGGAUGAUGCGCAAGAAGAAGGAAAACGGGGAAGAUGAUGACGAAGUCGCCGUCAAGGACGAGUCCUCUGUCGAAAAAAGCAGCGCCGCCCCUAGCCGACCUGGUCCCAGCUACUACCAGGACGAGCGACGGAACCGUAGCCGGCGGCCACGAAACGACGAUGCAGAGGAGGAAAUCGACUUUGACGAAAUGAAGUCGGACGAUGAGGAUCUGAACUUUGGCAUCGAAGACGAGGAGGAAGCCAAAGAGGCAGCCAAGCGCCAAUAUGGCCGCGCAGCGAACCGUGCCUUCUUUGGGGAAGACGAUGAUGACGAAGACGAUGACGAGGAAGCCGGGCAGAGCCAAGAGCGGCUCGGACACGAGCGGAAACUCAAAAAAUACCUGCGCAAGAACGAGAAGAGCGACAUGUACGACUCGGACGACGAUCGCAACCCUUACGUCAGCGAGGAGGAUGACGACGAAGAUCAUAAGAGCGGCAACGAGUCGGAGGAGAAAGGCAAGAAGCCCGAAACCGCCUCGGUGUCUGCAUCCAAGGAUCCGGCAGCCCCGCGCAGGAAAAAAGAGCAAACGCCGGCCGACCUUUUGCGCAAGAAGAAGGACGGCGGAGGGUCGGGCGACUCGCCGAUUCCCACAUCGUCCAGCAGCCGCUCGCCCAAGCCCACGAGCAUGAUGGAGAGGAUGAGAGACUCCCCUCGAACACCACUUACGCCGCGAUCGGAGGAGGGCCGCGGGUCGGGCUCGGCGAGUCCGGCAGGGACAACCAUCCGUGCCAAGGUUUCGGCUCCAAGUGGCGGGGCGUCGCCCUUGCAAGGCGGCCCUGAUGCCAAACGAAAGCGCGAAGAUGACCGCAACGGAGAUACCAAGAAGACUAAAGGGUCGGAUGGAAAAUCACCUGGCCCGCCUCUCCCGCCGUCAACCGCCGAUGUCCUCCGCGAACAUCGCAAAGGAAGACUCGGGUCGCCCAUGAGCAGCCACGGAGCUGGCAGCACGACUCCGGGCGGCAGCAGCACCAGCACCAGCAACUACAAUGCAUACGCCCCCAAGGCAUCGUCACCGUUGGCCUCGCGUGGAGAAUCGACAGCCUCGCCACCGCGCAGCAUUUCGCCAAACCACCCGUCGUCGACAUCGCCGCGGUACUCCAACAGCCCUCCGCGGCCGAUCCCAUCGCAUGUGUCGCAGGGCUCGACGCCGUCGGGAUCGUCGCCGGGACGAUCCACACCCCGAGUCUCGGGUGAUCCAAACAGUCUGCUCGUGGACGCCGAUAUCAUUGAAUGUUACCAUCAGCGCGGCAACGUACCCUUGACGAUGAAGGAAAUCAUCUCGUUCAUUCGACCCAGGAUGUCGGGUCUCAACGCCGAGCGCAACAGGGCCAUUCUCAAAGACAUCAUCAAGCGCUUGCUCAUCACCAACAAGGAAACGAUGCAGUGGACUAUCCGGGAUGAAUACAAGCGCUCAUAGACCGGAGGCCUGCGAAUCGACGACGAGGAGUGCAGAGCGACGGCAACAGCACAGUCGGCCUGAUGCGAAUCGAGACUGCAGUGGCAACCGAUGAGCAAAUAUGGGAGGCUAAGCAAGAGGCGGGAGGCGGUAUUACAUCCUCGAGCUGCUCGCUCGGCUUGGACAUGAUCAUCCAAGACACGGUGGCAACCUGGGCAGUGAAUACACAAAUGUCCGUUCGUUUCA